CUCUAUGUGAUUGGGUGAAUGCAAAAAAAGCGAGCAACGGAUCUGAAAUGGAAGUAUAAAUGGAAAGCAAAAAUAGGAUUUAAGGGAGCUUGAUGUCGGGUGAUUGAAGAGAAUAUGGUAGUGAAGGAGUUGAAUUGAAGUGAUUUGGGUAUGGACUACGAUAGCAGUGGAACUGAUGAUGAUUUGCCUCCAUCACAUCACACUAGGAUACCCAGAGGGAACGGAAGACCCGUUGCGUACCCUCGGAUGUAUGGUGAAACCGACAUGGAGACCCAAAUUCACCAGCUUGAGCAAGAAGCCUACAGUUCUGUUCUAAGAGCCUUUAAAGCUCAAGCUGAUGCAAUUACUUGGGAAAAAGAAGGUUUAAUAACCGAGCUUAGAAAGGAAUUGAGAUUAUCCAAUGAGGAGCAUAGAGAGCUUCUGGGCCGGGUUAAUGAUGAGGAUGUCAUCAAGAGGAUACGGGAUUGGAGACGCACGGGUGCACUUCAAUCUGGCAUGCUUGGUGCAGCUCCAGCUGUUCAUGACCCAGCACCCAGCCCUACUGUCUCUGCAUCUCGUAAGAAACAGAAGAUUACUCCGUCUCAUUCUUUUGGCGGACCUUCUCCAUCGUUUCAUCCGCAAGCUGUUUCUGCUCCCCACCAGCCAUCUUCCUCUGCUAAACGUGGACCUGUUGCAAGACCAAAGAACAAGAAGCAAAAGCCUGGUUUACCUGGUGCGGCGUCAAUGAAGUCCCUUCCAUACGCGCCGUCAGGCCCAUCUGGAAGGGGUCAAGUAGCUAACAGAGUCUCUGGUGCUCCUUCUGAAGGAGAUACUCCAAUAUCAUUAGUGGGAAAGAGAGUCAAGACUAGGUGGCCGGAUGACAAUAACUUUUAUGAUGCUGUUAUAGUUGACUAUAACCCUACUGAGAAACGACAUGCUCUGGUGUAUGAUCAAGGAACAACAAAUGAAACGUGGGAAUGGGUUAAGCUUUCUGAGAUCUCUCCUGAGGAUAUACAAUGGCAAGUUGAGGAGACUGGCGUCUCUCAUCGAGAAGGUUAUGGUGGGACGGGCCAUGGAAUGAAUAGAUCCGUAGGCAGAGACAGUGUUCCUGGUGUUGGAAGAGGCAGAGGCGCUAUAAAGGGUCAAUCCAGAAAAGACUUGUUGCCAUCACAAAAUGGAGUUGGAAAAAAAAGGCCAGAUGAUAUACAAAUUCUUCACACAGAUACUCUAAUAAAGGAAGUGGAGAGAGUCUUUGGUUCACACCAUCCCGAUCCUCUUGAGGUUGAGAAAGCAAAGAAGGUGUUGAAGGAUCAGGAACAAGCACUUGUUGAUGCAAUUUCGAGACUUGCAGAUAUUUCCGAUGGUGAAAGCGACAUUGCUGGUGUUUGUUGUUUUGGUUGAAACAGACGAGGGAGGCCAUCACUACGGGCAGGCAAUGGAAAGGGAUUGACAAAAUAAACAUUAUAUGGCAGUAGGAAUACUUUUGGUGAGCACAUUGCUGGUCAAAGUCGCGACAUCUGACUGUAAACUCAUUUUCUUGUACUAUAUUUUUCAUAGUCAAUAUAUUUCUGGGUUUGGUUGGGUCCAUUUAGGGUAGCUUUUGUUGUAGCUGAUAAAAUUGUUGUAGCCAGCUGAUAAAAUUGUUUUUAGUUAGCAGAAAGAAGCAUCACUUUGGAAAAUGUAAGGUCAUUUUGGUUAGCAAAUAGUGUGCAGAUGAUGUAAAAAGUUUUGUAUUUUGUGACAUUAUUUAUAUUCUUUGCGUUCUUGCGGAGUAACUUGAAUCAAA